CAACUCCACAGCACGCUCGCUUCCUCUGACGUUAGCUGAAAACUCAACAACAGAAUGCUCCGGUUAGUUAGCUAAUAACCGUCUUCUACCGUUACCGGCUAGUUUAAUCAGUGGAUACUCACCUUGCACUUUACAAGGACCCUUGGGACUGUUGUCCUAACGUUGUGUCGUAGUUGACAACUAGCUUGGUUUCAUGGAUAAAUGCCGGCGCAAAGUGGACAACAUAAGCUAGUCUUUUGCUGUGGCUAAAUUAGUUAGCUAGCUAACUAGCGCAUAUGCUAGCAUUAGCGUGACUAACGUUACGUCCACAGGAGAACAUUCUGACUUGGAGGAAGGAAGGGAGGAAAUUGAUAAGUAGGAACACUGUGCACCGUUGCUUAUGCAAAGCUAGCACUUUUUUCGACUCUCGUCUUCAAGCACCCUGACGCAUUUGGAAAAGGUGACUAUUUGUCCAUCCUGUGCGACAUAUAACACUUUUUGGUCAAUAAUAUAGCUGUUAGUGGGCAUAGCUAGCUGUCAACAACAACAGUCCUUCUGGCUAGCUGUAUAGCGGACGAGAGCUAGCACGCUGGCCACGAACUUUAAAAGUCAGAUGCAGUUCUAUAACUGAUUUAGUUCAACUAGCAAACCGGUGUUUCAACUUUUAAUUGGCGGACUCUUUCACUCAGAUCCGCUCUAGCGGUUCUAGUGAACAGAAGAAACUGAUGGCAACGGAAGUUAUUGAGAGUGAAGCGGUGCUGAAGGGUGUAGGUGAUAUGAAUUUAAACAAAAGCAGCCCAGAUUUUGUCACUCCCAGGAAGACUCUUGAAGAGCUGGGAAACAGACAGGCGUCUAGUCCUUCAUCUUCUGGAGUGUCUGGAGAAUGUGAUGAGGAGGAACUAGACGAAUUAGAAAAUAGCACAACGUCUACAGUGGAAAAUGGCGAAGAGGCACUUCAAGAGAGUCUAACCAAAACAAGAGGUACGCCACAGGAAAGGACAACUCCAGACAAUGAGCAGGAACAGCCAGGAGCGAGAAGCUCUACCCCGGUGAGCCUCCCCCAGCCCCGCUGUCCCCCUGGACCCAUUGGAAGCUUGGAGCGCCAAGAGUCAGUUGCCACAACAGAAGCUCGUCUAAGGAUGGAAGGAGUUGAACUCAAAGAGGAGUGGCAGGAUGAGGACUUUCCACGGCCCCUACCGGAGGAAGAGGAGCUGGAAGAUGAGCUUUUUGCAGGAACCUCUGAAGAGAUACACCCUGGCUAUGGAAUGGACCAUGGCAAGAAGGCAAAGAGGAAGCUCACCGCUCCGGACAUCAGUCUCACUCUGGACCGCAGCGAAGGCUCCCUCCUCUCCGAUGAGCUGGAUGAGAGCACAGAGCUGGACCUCGAUGACAUAGACACACCGUCAGACAACAGCAAUGAGUUUGAAUGGGAAGAUGACCUCCCCAAGCCGAAAACCACAGAAGUCCUACAGAAGGGCGUGGAGUCCGUCCAGGAGUACUCCGCCUCGGAGGAGAGGGAGGAGGGUCGGCGCUGGAGGGUGUUUCGCAUUGGAGACCAGGAGCACAGAGUGGACAUGAAGGCCAUCGAACCUUACAAGAGGGUUAUCAGCCAUGGAGGUUACUAUGGAGACGGUUUGAAUGCCAUAAUUGUGUUCGCUGUGUGCUAUAUGCCUGAAAGCAGUCAACCAAAUUACAGAUACAUCAUGGACAAUUUAUUCAAGUAUGUCAUCGGCACACUUGAACUUUUGGUUGCUGAGAACUAUAUGAUUGUGUAUUUGAACGGGGCCACCUCAAGGAAAAAGAUGCCAACUGUCGGUUGGCUCAGGAAGUGCUAUCAGCAGAUUGACAGGAGGUUAAGGAAGAACUUGAAGUCUUUGAUAAUCGUUCAUCCCUCCUGGUUUAUUCGCACGCUGCUGGCACUCACAAAACCUUUCAUAAGCACCAAAUUUAGUCAGAAACUCCAGUAUGUGUUCAGCUUGACAGACCUUGCAGAACUGGUUCCAAUGGAGUAUGUGUCCAUACCAGAUUGUAUCAAAGAGUUUGACGAAGAAAAAAAUAGGAAAAGCCGUAAAAGAAUCGACCAGGACUCGCACGGCAAAGUGGAGAUCGCAGCGGCUGCUGUUCCAGAGUGACCCUGCUGGCCCUCACGAUGUGGAGGAGGAAAACGAUGGAGAAUGUUUCAAACAGCCACUCAUAUGUUUAUGUUCUGGGCAACGUGACUGAAAACUUGUUUGCAUCAUGAAGUGCCUUUUUGAAACUGUGCUGCCUGUUACAUCGUGGGACUUUUCACAGUUUGAUCUUCAGCGUUCUUCCACUUGCUGUCUGAAAUGUUUUUAAUUUUAUUUUUAUUUACCGCCAAUAUAUCAUGUCCAACUUAGCUUAUUGGUGUCCCCUAGUUACUGGUGUAUCUACACGUUAUGUAAGGCACUCUGUUACAAAUGAUUGAUGCAUGUUCUGCUUUAUUACAUUUAAAUAUAUAUUUAUAUUCAAAAGGUGACAAAGGAGAGAAAUUAAUAUAUUUUUAUGGUUGCUCUGAUUUUAAACUGCAUUUUAGGUCUCUGACCCGUUGAGUGGCAUUUCAUUGAACACGUGUUGACAGCCCCUUUUUCACUUUUCACUGCUGACGUUCUCUAUCAAAAUCCUGCCUGGGGGAAAAUAAAGUUUUAUUUUUUGCCCUUCACUCAGAAUGUGCCCUUUGAGUUGUGUAGGGAGAACAUUUGUGAAAGCAAUAAUCUGAAGCAAAGAUGUAGGUCUUAAUGUAACAUUUCCUCCAAGUAAAGUCAUGGAUGUCA